AUGCCAAAAAGGAUGUGGGGUGUUGUACUACCAUGCCCCACAUGCAACAUUCCUGAGAGGACCCUGCAGUCGAAGGGCCUAUACACUCGAGUGAGGUUAGUCCUGGAUAUAAAGGAAUACUAUUAUUUGGCAGCAGAAUACCAUUCUUGUAAGGCUUGUGGCGGCACAUUUAUUGCAUGGGACAACAGGAUCUUGGAACGCUUGCCAGAUGGGAUACGGUUAAAAUUUCCUGUUGUUCUCACAUACAAGUACGCAUGUGACCAAGCCGUGACAUCACUGCUAAGAUCGAGGACUCUGGGAAAUAGCCCUGGGGCUUUGCAGAAUAGCAUCCGCGAGCUUCACAGUGAGCAAUGGAUGCGAAGAUAUGUGAGCUAUCUGAGUGACUGCAAACGGCACCGCACAUCUUCACAGCAGUUCCAACAGCCUCCUGUGGAGUACGAAAGAGCGAAGGAACUGAAGGAUCUACCAACGGCCAAGUGGUUUCUUGCAUGUUAUGUCAGAGAUGUUUACAACAGGCUGGAAUCACUGAAGGCGGUCACUACUUCUGUGCUAGGAAGUGUCCUAAAAAUUGAUUCCACUAAGAAAAUGACAAGGAAGCUACAGGGAAUAGAUAUCAACACGGCUAGCUGGGUGACCAAUGUUGGCAAUGAGAGGGGGCAGGUGCUAAACUCGAUUGUCACAACUUCAGAGAGCAUAGCAUCAUUACAGCCAUUGGCAGAUGGGUUAAUGAGCAGGUUUGAAAAGGCAGGUGUUCAGCCACCGGUACUUCUUUACACCGACCGAGACUGCUGCAGUAGUCAGGAAGGUGAAUCGAAGUAUCAAUUGCUGUUCCAUGCCUGGCCAAACCUGUUGAUUAGGCUCGAUAUUUUUCAUUUCAUGCGGCGCUGUGCAGUCGGCUGCACAAGCCGCUCCCUGCAUAGUGAUGGUACUUCUAAGCAUAGUGAUGGUACUUCUAAGCAUGGUUACCACUAUGCCACAUUUGAUGUGACUUUAGAUGAUGGCAAUGUCAUGGUAGCUGGGCUGCGGGACAUGGCGUGCAGUGAUGCUGAAUCUCAACUAAAUUUAUUGAAAGAAGUUUUAGGUGACAUUACCAGCUCAGUUGAGCAUGAAAAUGCAGAUAAAAAGGUGAUGAAGUCCAUAAAGAAUUUGAUGUCGGACCGCUGCAUUGUCCAACAGAAAUUCAACGAGAUUCUCCAGACAUACCGACAAUCCAUCCUGCCUGAAGUUGUGGAAGAGUGGGAUAUUAUGGAUGAUGAUGAGAAGUCCAAGGUCUCGAGAAUGAAUGAUCUGUUCUGUGGCCUACAUGACAUUGUUGGACUUGCUGACCAAGCAGAGGAGGCUUUAAGAGUGUGGGACAAGCUCCUGUAUGAUGAAAAAAGGUUGGAAGCUUGAGCCAAUGUGGGUAUAGUAAAGGAGGAGGAGAAAGUGGCACCCUCUGUUUACUUCGAACAGUUUGCAAAGCUGUUCAGGCCAAAGGAUGCGAGCGGUCUGGACGAGUGCUGACCACUUGUCACCACUUGAAAUAGAUUUAAUAUCACAUUUCAUAAUGGGGGUGGUGUAUUUUAUUUGCAUGAACACCUUAGAUCAUUCUUGGAUGAAGGAUGAAAAUAAACUGCUGAAGGCAGUUUAUUAUGACUUAGAAGUUUCUUCCUUUUUAGCAGGGUGCAGGGCUCUGGGAUUAACAAAUUUAUUACAGGUCCAUUGUGGAGAGUCCUUGAAAAGGAAGAUGUAAGUUUCAUGGAUACGAGUGCUCGAUACCAGCGACUGUUGGAGUGCUUUGAAGAAUGGGCACAAGACUCCACUCCUGUACUCACAUGUCAAGCUGUGGUGUUUGAUGAUGUCAAACUGAAGAAAGAUUUGUGCGAUGAGAAGCUCAUCAAAGAAGACCCAGAUUGGGAUCCAAUGACAAAGCAAGUCCUCGAGCUGAUAUUUGGAUAA